AUGUACCGGCAGGACUGGGUUCAAGUCAGAGUAGCUGAGGCCAAAGCAGAGAGGGAAGCCGAGAAGGAAGCAGAGCUACUCGAGAAAGAAGCAGAACAACGCGACAGGGAAGGAAGAAGAGCGAGAAUUGAGAGAAGUGGAGCGGCUUACCCAAGAGAAGAGGAGAAGCAGAAGAGGGAAGCAGCGGCUCACCCAAGAGCAAAACUAGAAGCAAGCAAGACUGCUCAACAAAGAGAGAGGGAAGCAGAUGGCUCACCCCCAAGACAAAAAGAGAAGAGCAGAGCGACUAGAGAGGAAGCAGACUGCUCACAAGAAAAAAAGAGAAGAGCAGAGCGACCUAACGUGGGAAGCAGAGUGGCUCGCAAAGAGAAAAGAGAAGAAGCAGAGCGACUAGAGGGGGAAGCAGAGUGGCUCACCCAAGAGAAAAGAGAAGAAGCAGAGCAACUAGAGAGGGAAGCAGAGUGGCUCGCCCAAGAGAAAAGAGAAGAAGCAGAGCAACUAGAGAGGGAAGCAGACUGGCUCACCCAAGAAAAAAGAGAAGAAGCAGAGCGACUAGAGGGGGAAGCAGAGUGGCUCGCCAAAGAGAAAAGAGAAGCAGAGUCACUAAAAGAGGGAAGGCAGAGUGGCUGGAACCCAGGGGAAAAAAAGAGAAGAACAGAGCGAACUAGAGGGGGAAGCAGAGUGGGCUCGCCCAGAGAAAAAGCGACGCAGGUCACUAGGAGAGGGAAAAGCAGAGUGGCUCACCCAAGAGAAAAGAGAAGAAGCAGAGCGACUGGAGAGGGAGGCAGAGUAGCUCGCCUAAGAGAAAAGAAAAGAAGCAGAGCGACUAGAGAGAGAAAUAGAGUGGCUUGCCCAAAAGAAAAGAGAAGCAGAGCAACUAGAGAGGGAAGCAGAGUGGUUCGCCCAAAAGAAAAGAGAAGAAACAGAGCGACUAGAGAGGGAAGCAGAGUGGCUCGUCCAUGA